CGGAGGAGUCCGGCGUCUUAUAAUAGUUCAAAUUAUUGUCAGAGGCCGCAGCCAGUGGGCCGCGGUAAUUCUCAGCGAAAAUAGACGUGGUCUACCAUCAGGACCACGGGAGUAUAUGAGAGCAGUCGCCAUAGCAUCCAGCGCUUCCGCUUAAACCGCGAUCACCGAACCGAUCUCCCAGCAUGUCGGGAGAUCUGCAACCCAGGAAGCGACGCGAGAAGAAGAAAAAGAAAGAUGAUGUCGAAGAGACAAUCCAUCCCCAUUUCGUACGCACCCCGACACCACCCUCCGACGACCUCAACAUCCACGUGCACAAGGAUAGUAGUACCGGAGGUGGCCUUUGCGCCAAAUUCGUUUUCUUCAUCCUCCUAGGAAUACUCGCCGUCCUUAUUGGUCUCAUCAUCAGCGAGCAUCGCGGACUCACCGACCUCGAAGCCACGGAAUCCGAAAGUCGCUUUUCACAUCUAUUCGAAGGUUGGGUGGAUAAAACUGCAGAUCACGAUGACCACGGUGAGCAUCUACAAGAGUCACAGGAACACGACGAGGAGGAUGAUCAUCAGUCGGAAGUGAGCGAAGAAGAUGAACACGACGAGGAGCAAGCUAGUGAAGAAGAUGACGAUGCCAGUCAUCAUGACGACGAAGACGAAGAUAAUGUAAGUGACGAAGAUGACGAAGAUAAAAUUAGUGUCGAAGAGAAAGUCAGCGACGAAGAUAAUGUUAGCGAUGAAGAUAAUGUAAGCGACGAAGAUAAAGUUAGCGACGAGGAUAAAGUUAGUGAUGAAAACGAGGAUGAUGACGACGAUGAUGAUAAAAUAAGCGAAGAGGUGGACGAAGAAGAAGGUAAAGCUAGCGAUGAGGACGACAAAAUUAGUGAAGAAGAGGACAAAGUGAGCGAUGAAGCCGACGACGAAGAUGAUAAAGUCAGCGAAGAAGAUAUACAGCAGGAAAGCGAGGAAGCUGAAGAAUUAAGUGAAGAGGUACUUGCCAUUACCGAAAACGAAAGCAAGGAAGAAGUCAAUGAAGAUGACGAUAAAAGCGCCGAAGAUGAAUUCAAAGAGAAUAUAGAAGAGCAGGACGAUAAUGAGGAGGAAGUAGAGGAUGAAAAGGAACACGUAGAAGCAACAAACGAAGGCGUGGUUGUUAAAUUCGGAGUCGGCGUCGCGAUAUUGGUCGUGGCAUAUGUUGUGCUGGUUAGAAAAUGGAAAUCCGAUAAGGUUGACGAGGUGCACGAGAAAACCACGGGCAUAGACUUAUCGCGACGUAAUACCAUUGUUGUGCCGCCUAAAGUCGAGGAAGUUGAACACGUUAUCCUCAACGAUGAAGAGGAGGAAGUCGUAGAGCAAGAAAUCAAGUUACACCCGAAAGUCAAGGAAGAUUAUCAACAGUUGCGAACGACCUAUGAAAGGUCUCUGACUCCCGAAAGCGAACCAGAAAACUCAUACGACGAGGAAGAGGUUGAAGAUGUCGAAGAUGUUGAAGAGGAAGAAAUGGAGGAGGAGGAAGAGGAUGAAGAUUUGAUCGAAGAAGAAGACGAAAUGAUCGACGACGAAGAGGAUAUAGACGAGGAGGAAGAUAUUGAGGAAGAAGAAGAAGAUGAAGAUAUCGAGUCUAUAUCAGACGACCUCAUAAAGAAAUUUGAAGCGAAAUAUGGAAAACUGAAUAAAGAGAUGGAUGAUGAAGAGGAGGAAGAGGAUUCGGAGGUUUACGAAGAAGAGGACGAAUUUGAAUGGAAACACAAACAAGCCGACAACAAGGAACAGAAAUCUCAGUCUGGGGCUCAGGACAUGUACGAGUUCGAUAACAUCACAAGUUCCUAUGAUUACGCAAUCAAGGAUCAGUUGGAUGAAAACGACCAACAGAACAAUUUUGCAUUGGCUUUGGUCCGUUUUAACAAAAUCCUAGACGCGCAUCCGAAAUCCCCUCGCGCUUUGUUUGGAAAAGCGAACUGCUUGGAUCAACUAGCCGAUAAGGAAAGAAGCAACGAAUUGUUGAGGAAGUCCAUCGACGUUUACCUGAAAAUCUUGAACAUGGAAGACGUACCCGAUAUAUUAUACCAGCAAGCAGCUGAAAGAUGCAUCAAUCGCAUGCGAUUUAUAGGUUUCUAUGGAAGAGCCAUUUCCGUCCACAACUUAUUAAUUCGAAGAUUUCCGGACGAAAUCAAAUUCAGAAAUCAAUUAUCUAUUACUUAUUUAACCGUCAAUAAAAUUAAAGAAGCAAGAUCUUUGCUGGUUGAUACUUUGCGCCGAUGGCCAGAUGAUGGUGUAGCAUUAGUUCACUAUGGAUUCAUCUUGAAAGUAUCUGAUAAUAACUUAAAAGAAGGCAUGAAAUACUUAGCCAAAGGCUUAAAUACUAAAGCUGAAGGCGUUGUUGAUGGUCGAUUCUAUUUCCAUUUAGGCGAUGCUUUAACAAGAUUGGGAAAACUUAAACAAGCGCAAGAUGUUUUCAUAGAUGGAGUCGCAAACAAAGUCUUCCUGUCCCUCUACCAGAGAUCACUGUACAACGUAAAUCGAUUAACUGGUAAACCAUGGUGGAGCAUUGGAGAUUUACCUCGAUAUCAACAAUUCUUCAAAUCAUUAGAAGCAAACUAUAAACUUAUCCGAAACGAAGGUACUAACGCAUUAAAUGGUAAAGGAUCGUUUCAAGACGAAGCUGAAAAUCUACGUGACAAGGGGGAUUGGAAACAGCUCGAAUUGUACGCGAGAGGCGUUAAGAAUAAGGACAAUUGCAAACGGUGUCCUUUCACAUGUAAAUUAGUAGAAUCUUUAUCAGAUGCCACAGGUUGUAGACGCGGUCAAAUUAAGUUCAGCGUGAUGCAUCCUGGCACUCACGUCUGGCCUCACUGCGGUCCUACAAAUUGUAGGCUAAGGGCGCAUCUUGGACUUGUAGUACCACCAAAAACCUACAUUAGGGUGGCACAAGAAACUAGAUCCUGGAGAGAGGGGAAGGUAUUAAUCUUUGACGAUAGCUUUGAGCACGAAGUAUGGCAUAAUGGUACAGAUUUCCGAUUGGUCCUCAUUGUAGACACCUGGCAUCCAGAGUUAACAGUAAAGGAGAAACGGACACUCUCCUCCAUAUAAAUCUCAUCUACAUAUUACCAUUUUUAUAUCACGUUAAAUAUAAUAUUCAUUUUUUGUCAUUGUUUCACCUCAUUUAAUACAAAAAUCAGUCUUCCUAUGAUCAAAUUCGAUAACUUCUUUGAAAUACAAUUUUUACUAAUAAUGCUAGUAACCAAAGCUUUGUAUUUAAAUGCAUACAGACAAUAUAUUUUUUAUAUAUAAGAAUAUAUUAUAGUAAAAAUAUUAUAGUUCUACAAUAUUAUUGAACCUUCCUUGUUGAAAGGUUUUUUUUUGUAGCAUUGUGUUUAUUGUCUUACUACUAUUUUAUUAUACAAUUAAUAUUGAUAAUUCAUUAUAAUAUUUCGUUUAACAAAUCUUCUAUUAUCAUCAUUACAUACAUUUGUAUUUUAUUUAUAUUUGCACAAAUGUGUAAGAUGAACAUUGGCAAAUUUCAUUGCUAUUUAUUAUUAUUAUUUUCACAUAGUUAUCUCAAUAAUAUUCUAGAAUUUCAGUUUUUUUUUUUCAUAAUUGUAGCCAAAAAUAUUCGCAUAUAUAAUUGUUAUACAAUAAAUGUUUAUUUUAAUUUUUCUAGUAAAAGAAAGUUAUAGUUAUGAA